GUUUUUUGCCGAGUAUUUUAUUCCAAAUGUCGUUACCUAAACACGAGCACGUCAAAUUCCUGCAGCACGCAAUCGAAAAAUAGCCAAAUACCUGGAUUAUUGGUGUAUCUGAAUGGUUUGAUCUGCAUACGAAUUAGGUUUGAUUCGAAGAAGUCCAAUUUUGGGUUUAGGAAGUAGAACACAAAAUCCUUGCAAGAUGAUGAGAAAUUUUGGGAUGUUAUCAAUAAGAAGGAGCAGCUGGAUGGCAAACUGGUGCUCCAAGCAGAGGGGGUGGGCGUCCGCCAUGAGACCAAGUACACCUGCCCCACCAACAUGCCAACAGAAGCUGUUAAAUUGCAAUGUAACCGAUAACCUCCAGCAAUGUCGCGGCGUCCACGAAAGCACUAAUGCGGAAAGGGAGCCCGGAAGUGCCAAAGAGACCUCGAGAAAGCCCGAGGACCUGGAUAGAGCCUACGAAGUCCUGAGAACCACCCUGCCCAAGUUGUUCGUAGAGCCCCUCGACUAUUCCAUUUAUAGCCCAGGACUUAUCUUCCAUAAUAACAUAACCGGCAAGCACACCGUAGGCCUGUAUCACUACGUCAAGCAGAUUGCCAUCCUGCGCACGGUGGGUCACCUAAAGUACGCAUACGUAAAGUUCGAAGUGCUGAAAAUCACAAAGCACCAGGAUGAUUACACGGUGAGAAUUCGGUGGCGAGUGAGGGGCAUUUCCGGACUAAAGGUGAUGUUCCAGUUUUGGAAGUAUAAGCUUUGGCAGCUGAAAGAAGUUCUGAAGGAUCAGGAGGCCUGGUACGAUGGCUACUCAGUCUGCUACCUAGGCGACGACGGGCUAAUCGUCAAACACAUUGUAGACAAGGUGAUGCCGGACGAAAGCCGGGAAGCGGUUGAGAACCCUUCUGCGGCGUUGCCUCCCGGAUCCUUGGCAGCGACAUCUUCACAGAAGAUCAACUGCCAAUAACAUAGUAGCUAGUUUUAAAUGUUAUUUAUUUAGUAAAUUACUAAACGUAAUAAACUGGAACUGUGAAAAUGUUUA